AUGAUACGGAUAGUGGACUACAAGGUCGACAAUGAGACACAGAGAAUGCUGCUGACUCAGGCUAUACUAGAGCUGGUCAGAGAUACUAUCGGGAUCAGGAGACUGAACUACCACACUGAUCCACUGGUGGUGGCCUCCCUGGUCAUGAAACGAAAUGUUUUCUUGUAUAUCAACACUGACCUCUGGCUCGACAUCAAGAGGGUCAAAUACACGUUACGGAAGAUAAGGAAGUUUAUCCGGCCACACAAACAUCUGGCAACUUGGUGGCAGUUGCGUCACGGUAUCCACCUGACAUGUGACUUGAAGCCAGGUGCUCUGGAGUACUUCAACGAGUCUUACAAUCAGGAACUCAUGCGGAACUACACUUGGUUACCCAUCAUAUCAGAUUGGUAUGAACCAGGCGCAGAAAUGGGGAUAUGUUUAACGGAUGCUGCGGAGAAGUGUCGAGAAACUGUCGGGGAUAAUAUCCAGCUAACUCAGUACUUACAGAGCAACUUGUAA